AUGAACGAAGGUAGCGGAGACAGUGAGGGCCUUGCUGCAUGCAGGACGGUUGUUUCAGCGGCAGCCCCAUCUGCAAUUUCUGAUGAGUCGGGCUGUACUUUACGGUGCGAGGCUGGCUUUGAUGUUGGUUCAGGUCGGCAGCAUCCUCAUACUGUUGCCCGUGCUCAGCCUCCAGCAGGAGGAUGCACUGGUGUUCGACGCGAAAGGAAGAGCGUCGCAAGUGACUGUCAUGGCGAACCACAGCAUCGUGCACCGAACUCUGCCCGCAGGUGCCGACCCCGCAUGGUUUCCGUGAUGGUACAGACAUGCGAGGAUGACGCUCGAGCGCAUGUCGACUCGAAAAAGGAGCCUCCGAAGGCAAAACCAGCCAAUGAGCCACAACCUCCACGGUUGAGCCUACUAAUCCCGAAGCGGCCUCGUGACGAGAGUGUUGAAGCGGUGGAUGUGGAUGCCUACUCUGCAGCCUGUCAUGCCCUGUGGGGUGGGCGCACCCCGCAGAAGGUUGCAGCACCUUCUCUGCGAGAUUUCCUGGCUGCAAAGCAGGAGGAGGUUGAGGAAAAUUGCGAACCUUCCCCGGGUACUCUGGCGCUCGUGGGCCUGUCACCACAAUCCGAGCUCGAGCUCUCGCCCGUCGUGCAGGGAAGCCAGACUGACUUGGUGAAAACGGAGGCAGUCUCCGCGAUAAAGGCGAAGCCGAGAGGCGCGCCGAACGCCUCGCUGCCUGGAAGCCCAGAUCGCUCUCUUGCUUCGGUGGAUUUGCUGUGGAGUCAGGCACUCGACCCGAAGCAAGAGAGCCUGCAGAGCCUGGGCUGCCAGGCUUCUGAGAUUUCGCCUGUGAAUCGCCAAAGUACACGGCGAACCCUCGAUUUCGGUACCCUUUCUCCGCCGAAACACGAUGGAGACUGUGUGCCUGCAUGGCUUCAGCAAAUACAUGCUGUCAAGCGAGGGCCGCAGAAUCUUGCCACAGAGCCCGAGAGUGAGAAAGGCUUGCAGGCAGAUGAAAUCCCGACUCCGUGCCGGAGGGCAGGCAGCGCAAGGCUGAACUCCAACGUGAGAUGUCAGCCGAUGUCGCCCGAGUCCGACACGGAGUCGCGAUCAGCGAUGCCAGCUUCGCCUGACCAGGAAGCGCCGACAGCCCUGGCAACCUGCCUGGGCAUCGCCGCGCCUGCCCCGGCCUCUGUUUCUACGGUCAAGGAAGGCUCCCCUUCGGCUUCGGCGGCAUCGACGGCGCCUGCCACGCCCAGUGCGUCGCCUUCCCCCAGAGCACCGGUGCCCGAACAGACAGAAGUACAGGCUUCGCAGUGCUCGGAAGCCCUCGAGCCCUUGGCUGCACCGGUCGAGACCAUGGAAGUUUCCGCACCUUCGCCGGGUGAGACGCCUGAGCACACAGCGAGGGCCGAAGAGGGCUCCGAUCGACUCUCCGACACGGAGUGCAGAGCUGGAGCCGACGUCAAGCAGGAUGGCGCUGGCCUCAGCCAGUUUUGCUUCGCAAAGACCACUCAGGAGGACAGACGUGAAGCCGCGACAGGGAGUCCAAGCCCCUCCGCAGCCAGUGCAAGUGCUGCUCCCAAUCUGAGCCAAUUCGCCUUCGUGGAGGCCCGGGCCAGGGCCAGGGCCAAAACCACGCAGGCCGAGGCGGAGGCCGAGGCGGAGGCCGAGGCCGCUCCUGUGGGAGCGGCGCCCUCCACCUCCACGGAGCUCAGCGGCUCCAGCCCUAGCGUGAUCCCCGUGAGCUUGAGCCAAGAGCUUCCGAAAGAGGUGGGGCCGGGCCUGAAACGCCAAGGGGAGAGACGCGGGGAAGCUGCAGGUGAAGCGCACGGCAGCCAAGAGCCGCGCAAAGUCAAGGACGAAGACCAGCGUUCCCCCACAUUGGCAGAGGCAGGAUCUCCGACUCUGGUGAUGGCAGAAGUAGCAGAUGCCCACGUGUUGCGCACCUUCAAUGCCGCCGUUAUCAGUGGUGUGGCAGGAGGAUGUGCCCAGGUAAUGUACGUCUUUCCCUUGAUGUGGCUGCGGACCAUCAUGGAGUACCAGUACAAGAAUGGUGAAGGCACCGUCAAGGUGGCACGAACUCUUUAUCGCGAAGGUGGAGUUGCGCGGUUCUACCGAGGCUUGAUGCUGCUGGGUGGCACCAGUGUGAUUUGGAGAUACCGCACCUCAGAUGCAGCGUUUGCACAGAGCGGAGAGAUUCCCUGCUUGGUGGCAGAGGCGGCGAACGAGCUAGCGCUCUCGAGCUUGGCGAAAGUGGAGAUGCCCUUGGCGCUGAAGACGCUCUGCGCCUCUGUGACGGCGGCCACUUUUCGCGUGGUCAUUCUGCCUUUGGAUGCAUGGAAGGUGAACAAGCAGGUUCACGGCAAGGCCGGCUUGCAGGUUCUCGUGCGCAAGGCGACAGUGAACCCCUUGUCACUUUGGCAUGGUGGCCUGGGUGUCUUGGUUACAGGAGCCUUUGGACACUACCCGUGGUUUUACACGAAUAACCUGCUUCGCGAAAUUCUUCCUCCCUUCGAGAUGAGGUAUGGGAAGCAUGUCCGGCAUGCCUUCAUUGGCUUCACCUCGUCGGUGGUGGCGGACACAAUCUGUAACCCCAUCCGAGUCCUGAAGGUGAAUCGGCAGACGUCACUGAGCCGUAUCAGUUACCUCGAAGCAGCAUCCCGCCUGUGUUUGGACUUGCUCACUUGGUUUCUUGCAUUGGUUCGCGCGAUGCAGGCCCAUGGCAUUAUUCAAAAGGAGGGUUUGAUGGGACUCUGGUCCCGUGGACUGAAGACUCGCAUUUUCGCCAACGGCGUGCAGGGCUCGCUUUUCACUGUGGGUUGGAGGUAUUUCUCCGAAGUCCAUUCUGGCAUCCCCCAGCCCUUCCACCGUCCCGUGUGGACAAAGCGGAGCAGCACAGAGCAAUGGAGCAGAGCACUGGGCAGGCCGCUUCCCGCCGAGCUGGGAGGCCCCGUGGCCCUGACGCCCGCAGGUCCAGCUAGCACCGCCCCGUCGCCCGAAGCCUUGGAGGUCAAGAAGAAAGGCAAGCAGGGUCGGCACGCGGACUCGGAAGUUUCAGCCAGUAUGCUGGAAGUGCGAAGGGGAAUCAGUGACGACGAUUCGGAUGCUCCUCUGGCGAAGCGUAUCAAGAGACGCCGUGCGACGGCGCCAGCGAGGCUGACCCCGGGGAAGGCGCCGGCGCCGAAGGCCGCCCAGGCCAAGGCUCGGCGUGCCGGCGCGGCGCUUUCGUCAGCCAGGCCGACCCCUUCACAGGCCCAGGAGAGUGAGUCCAAAGCUCCCGACCGGUCGAAGAAGCGGGCGGCGCCGUCAAGACAGGAGCCCUCCAACAAAUGUCGAAAGGCUGCUGCCUCCAAGGAUUUGCUGAACGAGUCUGCCGAGUCCAGUCGGUAG